GGGGCAAUCAUGGUGCCGCUGGGGAGGGGAAGAGCUGCUGCCGCCGCUGUCGUUACCGGGUGCCGCCAAGACUGGUCCUCAUCUUCCCAUAUCUCACAAUUGCACUGAACUCUCUUGAACCAUGGGGGAAAACAGUCCAGAUGACAAUAUCAUUUGUUAUGAGGCAGAGGAAGAUGAGCUAUCACAUCAUGAUAAAAUGCUCAGGUUUGUGGAUAAGAACGGACUGGUGCCUUCUUCGUCUGGAACAGUUUAUGACAGGACAACUGUUCUCAUUGAGCAGGACCCUGGCACGCUGGAAGAUGAGGAUGAUGAAGGACAAUGUGGAGAACACCUGCCUUUUUUAGUGGGGGGUCCUGAUGAGGGAUAUCACUUAAUCGAUCAUGAAGGAAUGUCCCAGGGUUAUGUGCAGCACAUCAUCUCUCCAGAUCAGAUUCAUUUAACCAUAAAUCCGGGUUCAACACCUAUGCCAAGAAACAUUGAAGGUGCAACUCUCACCCUCCAGUCUGAGUGCCCAGAAACGAAGCGCAAAGAAGUGAAGCGGUACCAGUGCACCUUUGAGGGCUGCCCUCGAACCUACAGCACAGCGGGUAACUUGCGCACCCACCAGAAGACCCACCGGGGCGAGUACACGUUUGUCUGCAACCAGGAGGGCUGUGGCAAAGCUUUCCUCACCUCAUACAGCCUCAAGAUCCACGUGCGAGUCCACACGAAGGAGAAGCCAUUUGAGUGUGAUGUGCAGGGCUGCGAGAAGGCAUUCAACACAUUAUACAGACUGAAAGCACACCAGCGGCUGCAUACAGGGAAAACCUUUAACUGUGAAUCGGAAGGCUGCAGCAAGUACUUCACCACGCUUAGUGAUCUGAGGAAGCACAUUCGAACCCACACAGGAGAAAAGCCAUUUCGGUGUGAUCAUGAUGGCUGUGGGAAGGCAUUUGCAGCAAGCCACCACCUUAAAACACACGUCCGAACACACACUGGUGAAAGACCCUUCUUCUGCCCCAGUAAUGGUUGUGAGAAGACAUUCAGCACUCAGUACAGUCUCAAAAGUCACAUGAAAGGUCACGAUAACAAAGGACAUUCAUAUAAUGCACUUCCAAAUAGCAUGUCUGAGGACACAAACCACUCAAUUUGUCUGAGCGACUUGAGCCUCAAAUCCAAGGAUUCAGAGCUACGAGAAAAUUCCAAUACAACACAUGGCCAAGACCUUAGCACAAUUUCACCAGCAAUCAUCUUUGAAUCAAUGUUCCAGAACUCAGAUGAUACCACAAUCCAGGAAAACAAGCAGACAGCUGCCUUGAUUGAAAGUUUUAAUGGUGAUACAGAGUCAGUCACCGCUGUUCCACCCUCCACGGGAGAUUCAGCAUCUUUAUCUCUUCCACUUGUACUGCAGCCUGGCAUCUCCGAGCCUUCCCAGUCUGCACUACCUGCCUCCGCACCGCCCGCUCCUCCUCCGACUGCUCCCUCCAUAGGAACUGGUUCCCAGCCAGCUGCGUUUGGAACCCCCCCUGCUAUCUUACAGCCUCCGGAGGGGCCAGUUGCCCACAGCACACAGUUUGCUGCUAAUCACCAAGAGUUUCUUCCGCACCCUCAGCCACCGCAACCCCUUGUGCCAGGACUUUCUGUUGUUGCUGGUGCUCCCCCAGUAACAGCAGCACCACCGACUACCACUGAGGCCAUGCCGGCUCUGGUUCAGACUCUGCCUGUUCUGACGAACAAUCCCACCAUAACUAUCACCCCAACCCCCAGCACGGCCAUUCUGCAGUCCAGCAUAGUUAUGGGAGACCAGAAUUUACAGUGGAUACUCAAUGGUGCAACUGGCCCUCCCCAAAACCAAGAGCAAAUUCAACAAGCUUCUAAGGUAGAGAAAGUGUUUUUUACUACUGCAGUACCUGUCGCUGGCAGUGCAGGGAGCUCCGUGCAGCAGAUUGGCCUCAGUGUUCCUGUGAUCAUCAUCAAACAGGAGGAGGCCUGUCAGUGCCAGUGUGCGUGCCGGGACUCUGCCAAGGACCGAGCUGCUGGUAACGGCAGUGGCGGCAGCCAGAGGAAGGGCUGCUCCUCCCCAGCUCCUCGGGAACCCAGCCCUCGGGUCCCCGAUGGGCCGUCCCUCCAUUUCCCCCCGCAGACUUUUCCCUCCUCUUCAGCCCCGCUGUCCUCCUCCUCCACCUCCCCUUCUGGUGGCCGGAGCAGACAGGCAGAGAACCCUUCAGACUCUCAGACUGAGUCAUUAAGUGCCAUGGACGUAUCAGAGUUCCUGUCCCUCCAGAGCCCAGACACCCCAUCCAAUUUGAUUCCCAUUGAAGCACUACUGCAGGGGGAGGAAGAUAUUGGCUUAAGCAGCAGCUUUGCUAAAUGAAGCACCCUUGGCUCGCUCACUUCUGAGAAGGAUGACGACGAGCGGGGCUACAAGAACAGAUGGCCUCUAUCUGGGGGUCAGCAGUUUGAAGGAUGAAGAGGUUUGCUGUUGGGAAGUCAUACUUCUCAGACGCCAUUUUUUAUUCCCAUCCCAGGAAUGUCCAUUUUAAGGAAACGAUCUUUGGAAAAAAAGAAAAACAAACAAAAAAAAACAAAAAAAAGCUAAGUUAUAAAUGAACUAUUUUGGCUGCACUGUAUGUCACUUUUGCUUAUUGUCAUGUGAACAUGGAAAUUAAGGUUACUCGUAUGCAUAAACAUUCUAAAUUGAAAGGGGUGUGGUUUCCAUCAAUCUUAGAUUGUUUGGGAUGUGUAUUGGGGCAUUUGCAGUUUUGGCAACAUAGUCUUAUUCCAGCUCUUGGGGUGUCUCUCUUCCCUGGGUAGAUUCUGGGUAGAUUUGAGACUAAGCCACAAACUGAAAUGCAGGCCAGUGACCCCAGAGAUGGGGAAGGAGUGGUAGUAGAGGAAAAAGAUGUGUGUGUUGGGCAGGACUCAGGUGUGAUUGGUGCUUGGCAAGAAGCCUCAGGGAAGGCUGAGGCCAGUGGCUGCAGAGAGUACAGUGACCUGGAGAGCCCGGUGUUUGGCAUGGGGCUCGGGCAAGGCACUGCCUUGUAUUGGGUGGGAGACCAGCACUAGGAUGUGGUGUGUGUUCAGGGUGGACAUUAGCAAGAGGUCGUGGUUUCUGUCUCCUUGGCUCUUCAGGAUCUCUCUUGGCUGUUGGGAGCUUUGGUUGUGGUGCCUUUCAAGGAGGGAAAGGGGCCCUGUUUGUACCUGUGAGCUGACUACUAUGUCUGCCGUAGAGUCUCACAGUUGACUUUUGCCCUCUCUUGGGCCACUUGACCUUUGCAGAGCAAAGGUGGGCCAGCUUUGUCAGGAUGAGGUGAGAGCUGAAAGAAGCCUUCCCAUAGAGUGGAGUUGCCUGGGCAGGCUGCCCUAGUUAGGGUCCUGGUCCAGUGAAUCAGCUGCUUCCUGUCUGGUUUUGCCCUGUAUCCUUACUAAUGCAAGCGAGUAUAAUUUCUCUGUUGACAUGUGCAACAUAGCUUAGUAAUUUGAUAUGAAAACUAUGGUCUUCUAACCUACUCAGGGUAAAGUAAAGCAAAACAAACAAACAAAAAAAAUCCCCUUUCCACCAAAAAGCCUGAAGUGUUGCAAUAAGGUUUUGGUUUUUUUUUUUUUCAUUUGGAAUGUUUUGUUAUGUUGCAUUAUAUAAAAAAAGAAAAAAAGAAAAAAUGUUAAUCUUUAUAGAAUUUUAUCCACUUCUCUCUGGCUAUUCCUCCAAGUCAUUUCAUUUAAGACAGUAUCUUCUAGUUUUUGUUGUUUUAUGUCAAGGGGCUCCAGUGAUUUUAAGAGUGGUAACAUCUUUACAUCUUUGCUCAUGGGAAUUCAGAAAUUUAGUUCCACCCAGUAAACAGGCUGGGCCUUCUGCCUCCUCUGUAGUCCUCUUCCUUCCUACUUCCUAUUUGAAGGGAAUAGGAUGUCCCACGAGCCAGAGUAUACUGCAGUCCCCAUAUAUUUAGGCCAAGGACAGCUAAGAGUUUAUAUUCCUUCAUCCAAGGGCUUGAGUUCCUCAUUGACCCCUAGCCCCCAAUGACCGCUAAGAUAUAUUUGCCUCUUUCAUUUCUCUAGCCAGCAUUCAGGGACAGCCAUGUAGGUGCACAGGACACUCAAGUUUGAUCUCAGAGCUUCAGGCAUUCUCAGCAGGAUUCCCCACCUCUCUCCCUCUCCCUAACCCACCCCAGAAAAGUAGUCACUGUUGUGAGGAGAGAGAUGGGUUUAAUCAGGGCCAGUGAUUUCCCUUUCCAGGAGGAAGGAAGCUAAGGCUAAAAAGUGCUUGAAAAGAGUAGAUGGAAUCUUAUCUCCCAGAAGAGAGGGGCUUCCUGUUACCACAAUGUAGUACAUUCAGUGAUAUCAUUUUGUGUCUAGAAGUAUCAGUAAUUUAUUACAAUAGAGUAGCUUCCUUAAAGGACCUUAACCUAUGCCCUCUUUGCAACUGUCCUUGCAGUUUUAUUGGCAGCUCAAAGACCCCCUGCCCCCACCCCUCUGUGUACACACACACACACACACACACACACACACACACACACACACACACAGACACCCCUUUUACAACUGGGACCAUCCUGCUCAGUUCCAGGAGGCAUGGGGGAGGAGCUACAAAGUACCUAGCUGCAGCCUCCUGCCUCACUGAAUCUGAACAAACCAAGCUCCUUCUCCAAUGAGAUUCUGGCUCAUUGAGGAUUUAGGCCUGGACCCAGGGACGUUAAGGAGGCCUAUCCCUUUUGAUAGUAGUCAUUAUUUUAUAAAUGGUUUUCUAGGUGCCAGCUCUUGUCAUUUUCAGAGAUUUGCCUAUGCUGAGCAUAGGAGGAGGAAGAGGAGUGUAGAAAGCCACAUGCUGUGGCUCAGAUGAACAGACUUUUCCAGUUGAACAAGGGAAGGUGUUGCCACUUGGUGAUGACCUUAGGAUUUGGUCCAGCAGAUCAUAGAAACCUCAUAAUCAUUAAACAAGAAGUUGUCCAGAUUACAGCGAUCAGAACUCUCCAAUCCAUUCAGCUUUUGAUAAACCAGGACUUCCCUUAAAAUGACAGUGACGAUAAACAGACUCACAAGGCAGGCUCAUUCCCAUGAGAGGGCAGCCUUCUCUUUUAGUCUCUCCACGUUCCUAUGGAUAUAAGAAGCUCCCUUCUUGUCUACAUGAACUCUAGGCUGAGCAUCCUCUCCAAGCUAGGCCCCUAACGAGGAUGGGGUGCCUUGGACCCAGAGAGGAGCAAGCCUGGAGUUGAAUUGGGACCAGAAAGACCCUUAGGUGGGGGUUUGGUUUUUUUAAAUUGUGAGUGAAACUGGGGUCCCUGUAGAGACUGCAGAGGUACUGUGUACUUUGGAAGAAAAGGCUGCAUCUGUAGAUUGGACUUGCUCAUGGGCCCAUGGCCUAGAAGGGUAAUUGAGGCAUGUCUUAUCUCACUGCUUCUUUAGUGGUUGCUUAAUACCAUGGAUUGGAGAUUAUGGGCUGAGGUGGUUGGCAAGGAAAGUUGGCCUUGGCGGGCACCACCAAGCUGCCUUAAACUGUGUUCUCAAAUUGGACUGUGCUCCAGAUUCAGUGACAACCAGCACUGCAGGUCCUCAGAGUCUGGUGUGUGUGUGUGUGUGUGUGUGUGUGUUUGAUGUGCAUGCAUGCAAACUUGUGUGCUUGUGCCCAUCCAUGAAUAGUCUCCUUCUGGAAGAAGCAAAAAGAGAGGGGGAGGGAAUAUGAUGGGGAGAGGCCUCUUAGCUCCUCACUAUGGGACUGUGUAUGGCUUCACAGCAGCUCAGCCCUUGGGGAACCACUGGUUUGGUCACUGGGGUUGGAGUUUUUUAUUGAGUUCUGUCUUUUCCAGAAGGAGGUCAUGGUACAUAAAGAGGGAGACAUGAAGUGUAGACUCCUUAAGGGGGCAGAGGACCCCAGGAAGGGAACCUCUCGGUGUGCUGAUGGCUUGAAGGGUCAGGGCGAGGGCCUAGGGCCUGGUUUGGAAUAAUGGAGGCUAAGGUUUCAUUGGAGGGACUUGGUACAAUGCUGAAUGUUUCCAGAGAGAUGAGUUUGCAGAACCUCAUACUGGUAUAUUAAAGAAAUAAUAAAAAUGAAAAAGCACUUUAGGUUAUGUUAUCCUUAACCCGAUUGCUGCAAUUUCUUUUGUAUAUAUAUUUUCCACAAAGUUUUAUUUUUUUCUCUGAGAAAAUGGAGGUGUGAAGAGAAAAGCACUUACCUUGGUGCAAUACUUGUAGUUUGCUGGAUGUUACCCCAUGCAGACCCUGCCUCGGCCCGCCCCAGGCUUGGUGUUGCUCAGUUCCACAACAUGGUGCCCUGUCUGUAAGGAAACACUAUUAUGCAUUCCUAGCAACUAACUACGAAAUCUAUGCAAACCCUCUCCCUGUCCCCUGGGCUGAAAGGGGGGAGAGGGGCUCUCCUCCGAAGAGCUGCUCACCACUUUCCCCUUGGCCUGUUUGGAGAUAACCCCCCCUCCCCCAACACAGACACAUCCUCUUUUUAGCUGCAGUUCGUUGUCUUUCUCUUGCCCCUGGGAGGGCAGCAGUGAGAAAAGCCUAAAAGGAAGGGACAACUCGGUCUUGGGGCAGAAACUUUGCACCUUUUAGACUUUUUAUAUUGGCAAUCAGGGCCAUUUGUCUUGUUAUAAAGACUCCAACAGAGUCAGGGAAUUCGUUGGGUUUUUGUAACUGCAGCAGCACUGUCAAAUGUCUUACUGGACUUCCAAUCGGAAAUAUUGGUAAUGAGGAGUAAGGAACAAUUUUCAGCUCUAUCACUCGUAGCUCUCCUCUUCUCUUCUCCUUUUUGUCCACAAAAGGAAACACCCUCUGCAUUCAUUGGUUCCAGCAGACUGAGCUGUAGUAUUCACCUCAGCCCUGUAAGGACAGCUCUUAAUCCCUUGAUUUCAUCUUCUCAUUGAAAAGUUAGUUCAGAUGAGAAGUUUUAAAGUAAAAUUCUGACCAGAAUGGACUGUUUCCUGUAGACCAAAUAUUCAAGUGACUUCUAUGGGCAAGCUAGGGAGCUGAUCCUUUCUCAUUUUGAGGAAGGGAGGGAGAGAGCAAAAGGAAAUGAUACCUAUAUUUCUGAUUGGUUAAGUCUUCAUUUGGAAUGUUCCCUUUGACAUAUUGGGAGGGAAAUUCUCCCUAGUGUGAUCCAUAGUUUUUAAACUGAUGAUUGUGGGCUGGGCUAAUGCUAAUUUAUGGUAUUUUGUCUCACUGUAUCUCCUGUUCUACAGUUGGAUUCUGUCUGCACUGAAAAUGCAAAUUAAACUGGAUAUUGAUGUCAGAAUGUAUGAAGUCUAAGCUCUUGUUCUUGUCUCCAGAUAUCUAAGCCUGCUCUGUUGUGUUCCUAGCAGAGUCUGCUGGACUUCUUUUACAGAGGGCCCAUUAAACUCAAUGCAGCUUCUGCUGUUCUGUUACAAGAAACCUUUUUUUUUUUUUUUAAAUAUAGGACACUUUUCCGCAGAAUCAGGCAGGCCUGGGGGCAAGAGAUGGGAGGGUGUGGAUGGUUUUUUGUUUUUCUCAAUAUCCUUGUUACCCCAACUGUGGUACAAAGUCACAGCUUUCUCUUGGCCUCUUUCCUUUCCUGUCCUUGUGCCUGUUUGAGGCUGCAGCUCUUUCUGCCUGACUCAACCACCCACACCCAGUGCUGUAGUAUUCUGGCAAGAGAGAGAGAAUUAUUACUGGGGACUAGCAGGUUCCUUUCAGGGAGGGGUGGUGGUAGUCAGGACUCCUAUCUCUUAUUUGGGAGGAGGCCUGCUGCUGUGACUCUGGCCUAGCUCAUCCGACUGGGCACUGAGACUCUCCAUUGUUUUUACUUCUGACACACUUGUCAUAGGCCCAAGCUUUCGGUAAUGGUUUUUAAAAUCCCAGAUAUCAGUUUUAUUAGGAUUAUGUAAAUGUCUAUAUCAAAGGAAUUUAUUUAAAUAUGAAACAUGGGAACAACUGACUUCCACUGAACAAUGUGAAAAUGUUAGUUACAGGUUCAGUACUUCCAAAGGAAGAACCCUCCAAACCCAAAAAAAAAAACCGAGUAAAUAUGAAUUUGUAUUUUUGAAGAAUGUGAAAUAAUGGUGUUUGCUUAAUUGCUCAUUUUGUAUAAAGUUAAUAUUGUACUUUACAAAUCUGCUAAGAAGUGGAAAUUUAACUUUUUGGAAUUGAAAAAAGCAAUAUUAAAUACUAA